AGGAGUGGUUGCUGGAAAGAACAUAUUUUAGGCUUGACCAUAUGUAAUUAUUUUCACUCAGUCAAAAAUCAGAGGCAGCCCAUCGUUGAGGCGCCAGAAUCAAACAAACAGUAACAAGGACUAAUUUAUGUAGCUAGCUACCAAAGGUUGUACAUUGGGUUUGAGAAGGUAAAAAGGAAAGUUGAAAACCCCCCUGUGCACGUUUAUGAGAUCUGUCCGUCACUCUGCACCAUGAAGACCUCCAAACCAGCAGAGCAGACCUCUGCUCAAGAGGAAUGUGGUGUUUGGUUGGACACUGUGCAACUGAAAGGAAAAGCUAAACAGAAACGACUCGCCCGUCCUAUUUCUAAACUGCUGAAUCCCUUCGCUGGAGGCAGAGCAUACAAUUUGGCUGUGGCUCUCAACUUCACUCAGACCAAAAUGGAGAUGCCAAAGACAAAACAGAGCUCUAUAUCAAACUUCUUUGCACCUCAGCGCAGAGUUCUCAAUAAGAUGUCUACUUCUGAAGUACCAAACAUGGAUCCAGUGCGGCCUUCUUCACCAUCUACCUCGUCCACACUUGCCUUGACUGCACCUACACCUUUAGUAUUGGGAACAAAACGAAGGCGUGAAAUAGAUCUUGAAAAGUUUGACUUCUAUAACUCUGAGCCUUGUGUGGAUCAUGAGUGGAAAAGUGAAAAUACGACUGAGCUUGAAGCAGCAGAAUGGCAGGAGCCGGCUACAAGCAAUACAACUCAAAACGUGUACUAUGAGUUGGAGGAAGAGCAGUUUGAGGAGAUAAACCCACCACAGAGUAAGAGGAGGCUCAUUGCAGGUGACAGUCAACCUCUUCUACAGGCGUGGAGUCAGGACCCACUGCUUACCUGUAGCCAAUAUUCUGCAGACCAGACUAACCAGAAAAACAUCACAGCAAAGAACUUUAGUGACUCAAAGCCGAGUUUUGUUAACAGUCUACAAAGUGAGGAAGCCUUUGGUAUCCAGGUUGAUGUGGAAGGAAGGACCUCAACUCAAAACCACUUUCAUUCUUCUCAAAUGGAUGAUAACAAAGAAAACAACAGAUUUUUGUCUAUUAAGUCCCCAAGAAAACACUCACCUCUUGUUAAUAGCGAGCCACUUUCAAACCAUAAAUGGACAGAACCAAAAACCGCAUCACCUCAAAAAUGUAUUCCAGAACAGCUGAGGAAAAGAGCUGAUAAAAAGGAGAGCCCUGAGUCACCGUUCAAAUGGAAAAUACCAAGCUGCUCUCCUCCAAAAAAACUAGCACAGCAGCUCCCCUGCAGAGAGUUUGACGAGGACAGUCUGGCCACGUUGUUCACCCAGGACUCUGAGGGCUUCAGGGUAAUAGCACACAGAGGUCUGCAAGCCAGGAGUCCUCUCAAAGAUCAGAGUAACAUCAGCUCUGGGACGGUGAGAAAGAGCACUUACAGAUCUCUGCUGGAACAGGAGGAGGAAGACGAGAUGCUUUUUACUCAAGACUCUCAGGGAAAUAUGGUGAUCAAACACUAAAAGGAGCCUUUUGAAAUGUCUGGAUGUAGUAAUGGAUGUCUGGAUGUUUAAAAAUAUUUUUCUGUGCUACUAGAACUUGAAAUCAGAGAAAUCUCUGUUAUAAACAGAUCUUGUUUGUUUCCAUAAUAACCUGACUGAUUUAUUUUUAGCUACUUUAAAAUCAUAUUUAUAUUUUCUGUGACUGUCUUACCAUUCCUUACCUGUAAAUCCUUUGUAUUUUCCCGGAUGUUUCAGUCUACUUACAUUUUUCCAUGUUGGAGUUUGUUUGUGUUUGUGAU